ACUUCCUGGUUCUGCAUCUGACGUGUCUAUAACAGUUUCUCUCUGGUGGUGGGUUCACUCGUGGGGGAUUUAUUUUCUAUUCAAGUAUUUAUCUGGUAAUAUUUAGUUGUUUUGAGAGGAAAAAUUAGCUUGCCCAAGUUGUCUAGACCACAAAUGUAGCCUUUGUUUUUUUAUUCACAUGUUUUCUCUGUCCGUGUUUUUAAAUCUAGAUACGUGGUGGCAAGAUGCUGGAUUUCUUCACCAUCUUCAGCAAAGGGGGGAUAGUGUUGUGGUGUUUUCAGGGCGCCGGGGUCUCUGAGUCUUUCACAGGACCUGUCAACGCUUUGAUCCGCUCUGUAAUUCUUCAGGUAAGGCAUUAAAACAGGUAAAAAUCUUCGGAUAAACGCCUGUUUUCUUCUCUUAGCAAGCAUAUUGGACGGCUAAUGCUAAAGGCAACAGACGUUAGCUUAUUGCGUAACGUAAAUGUUCAAAACAAGUGACUUUUAACAGACUGACAGUCUCAUAGUUACUAUAAUACGAUUUAAAGACCUGAAUACCGUGUCGCAGUCGAUGUGUUGACAUUGGUGUGAAGCAGAGAGAGCUAGCUGUAGCAGCAACAACAGCAUGUGAGUUUGUGUGGUGAUGACAUGUUAGCGGUGUUUGUGGUGUUGUAGGAGCGGAGUGGAAACAACUCAUUCAAUCACGAGGCCCUGAGUCUGAAAUACAAGCUCGACAAUGAGUUUGAGCUGAUUUUUGUGGUAAGUCAGAAUAUAUAUAUAUAUAUAUAUAUAUAUAUAUAUAUAUAUAUAUAUAUAUAUAUAACAACGAAUCAAAACUGGAGUGUAAGCGUGUUAUUAUGAUGCUAAUAACGUUGUACCUGACUGUUCUCCUUGUCUCUGUUCAGGUGGGUUUUCAAAAGAUCCUGACGCUUACAUAUGUGGACAAAUUCAUAGAUGAUGUCCAGCUCCAUUUCAGAGAUCGUUAUAAGAAUGAGCUGGAGCAAAAAGGAGCUCUCAAGCUGCUAAAUAACAACUUUGAAUUCGAGGAUGACUUCAAGAUGCUUCUGAGGUAAAUACAGAAAGUAUUGCUCUCAGAUUGUUUUCUUACAAGUAAAGAAAAUGUAACUGUAAAGGCUGAAGUAGCAUGAUGUGUAUACACCGUUGACCAAUAGAGCUGCAAUACUGUCAUAUUAGUCAAUUACGUAAAGGGAUAUUCUGGGUUAGACACCCCAUUGAGAAAUGAAUGAUGUCGACUGCUUGCUUCUCUAGUCAUAAUAACUUUAGUAAUGACCGCACGAUAGCAAUACACAGCGGCCUCAGGAGCCACAAACAAACCUCAGCUUAAACACCACUCUAUAGCAGUGUUGUUUUUGUUGAUGAUGACAUUGACGAAAAUAUUUCGUCAACGUCAACGAAAACAACACUGCAGUAUAUGUGUUUAACAUUUGACUGACGAAAUGCUCAUGAAUUUUGCAACCCUGUUCGUCGUCCACCACUAACGUUUUCGUCUCGUCACAUUUUGGUCAUCUAAGACUUACGUUUAGCUCGUUACAUUUAACUUGUUUUUAGGGAGACCUGGACAAGUCCAUAACUGACUACAGCGGGGUUUAGCAGCUCAAAGAAGAACAUUUAUGAUCAUUUCUUCAUGGAAAUACAAUCAGACCAAGAUGCUAAGGCAGAAGAACUACCGCGACUGCAGUGUAAAAUGAUUAAUAUGGUGAUGAUUACUUCAAGGAAACAAUAAAGUAAUGAUCAUAAAUGUUCUUCCUUGAGCUGUGUCACCCCGCAGCAGUCAGCUGUGCAUUGCUAUGGUGCGGUCGUUACUAAAGUUGGUAUAACUAUAGAACCAAGCAGUCAGCAACAUUCAUCUCUCGACGGGGUGUAUAACUUGGUGCUAUGGUGUGUUUGACCCUAAAUUAAUUUUUAGCCGGAAUAUCCCUAUAAGAGUUAUUAUUUUUAUUUUUACCAUUCUGAUAAAUGUUUAUUUCAAGAGGUGCGGAGGAGAGCAGUAAAGCCCGGAGUCCUGCCCCCAUGCGGACAUUUAAGGAGUCCGAAAAAUCCCAGAAAACUGUGAAGUCAAUGAUUGAGACCAAGGGUGGGGACAAAGGAAAAGAACCGGGUGGCAAGAAGAACAAAAAUACCAAAAAGGAGGGUAAGUGCUGAACGGAUAAAAGUAUAACGUCAGUAGAGCUUUAUUUCGAUCACUGUCUGAACUUGUUUCCUUAUCCAAUCAUUUCAAGCUCCUGCAGCUGAGCCUGUCAAAGUGGAUCAAAGCAAGAACUCAUCCUCUGGGCAGAAGACAGUUGAGAAUGGUAACCAGGGCAUGACCCCAGAAGAAAUUGUGCUGAAGAAGAGAGAAGAAUUUCUUCGCAAGCGCAUGGGGGGAAACACUGAAAAACCAAGGUGAGAGAACGUGUCUUCAUGAAUGUCAAAUCACCAACACAACUGUAGAUCAAGUGUAUUUUUUACGCACAUUUCUGAUUACUUGAUAUUUCUUUUUAUUAAUCACAGUAAGUCGCCAAAGCCUCAGAAGCCAAGGGAGAAGCAGAUGAGAGUUUGGAACAUGGGUGGAAACAGCACCAAGGACUUAGACUACACAAAGAAUGGAGGCGGUUCCCCCAAUGGUGGUGAACCAAACCUGGAAGCACAAAUUGACACAGUAUGCCUCUCUUACCCUACACGUCUCCACCUCUAUCCUUUUAUCAUGUUAAAAUAAGUGGUCUGCUACUUAGUUCUCAAUAUGCUGUGUGUGUUUCAGGGAAUGCAGUUAAGCUCCAUGAAGGGUGAACUGCUAUCUGUGGACUACGAGUCUAGUGAUGAUGGGGAUUUAAUAGAGGAGGAAGAGGAGAGAGCUGUUGUCAGUGAAACCAGCAAGGCAAGGUAACAGCAGUUGGAUGAAUGUUUUCUAUUUUUGUUUGAAGGUAUUUAAUUAAACAGUUAUGCAGUAUGUUGGUAAAUCUUCCGUAUAUUCGUCUGUUUUAAAAAUUGAAGUUGCAUUCUGAAGAACUGCUCCCCUUUUUGUUGUCUCAGCGCUAAAAAAGGCGGUGGCUUUGGGGGUAUGUUUGGGAUGCUGAAAGGCCUGGUAGGAUCCAAGAGCCUCACCCGGGAGGACAUGGAGGCAGUACUGGAGAAGAUGAGGGACCACCUCAUCGGUAAAUAUUGUUUGUCUCUUUAAAAAGUUUGAUCUUAUCGAAGAAUUUAUGAAAUAAUUCUCUUGUUUUAUGAUCCUACAGCAAAGAAUGUAGCAGCCGAAAUUGCCUCCCAGCUCUGUGACUCUGUAGCCAAAAAACUGGAGGGCAAAGUCAUGGGCACAUUCACCAGUGAGUAAUUUUUGAAUACUCAUAAACUAAUCAGUUGAAUUCAAUGUUGGGUGCAUUUUCUAACUACACUUGUCCCUUUCUGAAACACUUGAAAUGUAGUGUGAUGACAGUGAUGUUUUCCCCAGUUUACAUGUGAUUUCUGCUCUAAGUUGAUUCCAUUUUGUGUGUGAUAAACUUAAAAUGUGUUGAAGUUUCACACUUCAAAUUAAAUUACUAGAAACAAAUGGAUUAUACAUGUGUAAACAUAUCUUUGUGGUGCUCCAAUCUCUGUCCAACUAUAAUUUAACAUUUUUUUUUGUAAAUACAUGAGAUAAACUGAGUCUAGUAAAACCAAAACAUGAUCAAUAAUGUCAGUAAUCAAUCAUUUCAUGUGCUGAUGAACGUGUGCGUGUGUUUUUGUAGCUGUGGCCUCAACUGUAAAGCAGGCCCUGCAAGAAUCACUGGUGCAGAUCCUGCAGCCCAAGCGAAGAGUAGAUAUUCUCAGAGAUGUCAUGGAGGCGCAAAGCCAGCGUCGACCUUUUGUCAUUACGUUUUGUGGUGUCAAUGGGGUUGGAAAGUCCACCAACCUGGCCAAGGUGAGUGAAUGUCUGUGAUGUAACAUGUGCCACUGCAGUGAGUGUUUUGCUUUUUGUUGCACUCCCUGUUCCCACUAUUUUCUGUCUCUCCUAAGCUGUCCCAUCCGUAAGGGAAAAAUAAGGAAAAUCCCAGAUGUAAAACCAAUCCAACUAUGCACGACACAGAUUUCUUUAAAAUCUAAUUUCUCACUCACAAACCAAACUCUCUUUUCUCCCCAAGUACAUUUAGUAAUCUGGCUAAAAUGCUUCUGAAGUGGUAGUACAUUUUUCCUUUUUUCUUUACUUUUUUUUUUGCAUAUACCAUGAAUGUUUGCCGUAUCCUUUAACAAGCAGGUUUUACAAAAAUGUUGACAUGAAUGCACCAUUAAAAGAACAGUAUUACUUUUCCAGAUCUCUUACUGGCUGAUAGAGAACGGUUUCACUGUGCUGAUCGCGGCCUGUGACACGUUCCGAGCUGGUGCAGUCGAGCAGCUCCGUACUCAUCAGCGCCGUCUGAACUCUCUGCAUCCUCCGGAGAAGCAUGGAGGACGGCCAGUUGUCCAGCUCUAUGAGAAGGGUUAUGGGAAGGAUGCUGCAGGGAUUGCCAUGGAGGCUAUUGCAUAUGGUAAAUAACAUGCCUUCACCUAAAGCUCCUAUUCAAUGAUUGUUGCUUUGUACCUUGAUCUAGAGGUGCUAAUGAGGUGUUCUCUGAGUUUUGCGCAUGUUACAAGCCAUAUGUAUUCAUCCAUAUUACCCACAUGGUCAAGUAAAAAGCCUCACUUCUACCUGCCAGCUCGUAACCAGGCCUUUGAUGUGGUGCUGGUGGACACCGCUGGGCGUAUGCAGGACAACGCCCCUCUAAUGACGGCCUUGGCCAAACUAAUUGCAGUCAACAUGCCUGACCUCGUGCUGUUUGUGGGGGAGGCUCUGGUCGGCAAUGAAGCCGUUGACCAGCUGGUAAGACCACUGACAUCUUUCGACUUUUUGUUUGCACACAUCAUGCACCGAGAGAAACUGUGAACUAAUGAGCAGCUGAAUAGAGAGAAGAUGUUCAAGUCCACAGUUAGUCUGUUAUUCUUAAACUCUGCAGAGGGGGUCAGUGUUGAUUCAGUGAUCGGCUGUCUCAAUACAUGGUCACUCACAAUUAUUAAGAUUAAAAAAUAGGGGGAAUAUGAAUAACUGUGUUCUCUACAGAUACAUAUAGAAGAGUAGUGCUGUAUUCUAGUUACCUCUCGGAAGUCGGAUGUCGGAGCUGGCAAUGACGUUACACCUGAGUUGACGGCGUUCCAGUUAACAAGUCGAAAAACCAAGAUGGAUGCCUACAGUUACCCGUUGUUAGCUGUUGUUUACAAUUGUCAGCAGUUGUUAGUUAUACCAGCUGUAAACAACGUAUAACACAGUAUUUUACUCUUACAAACACCGUAGCACCGUGUUCACAGUUAGACGUUGGGCAGUACAACAUUUACCACUUAUUUAAAUUCACAAAAGCAAAACAGAAAUGCUAAUAAAUAAUACAUUACGAGAGCUUUCACUGUUACUCUUUACUGUUGAUGCACUGCGCUGCCAUCUUGGAAUAUGAUGUUGUUGUCAAGUCGGAGUUGGUGAGGAUCAUCAGACUUUCCGAGUUGGAAAUCCGACUUCAGGGGGCCAUUCCAGAUGAAUUUCUGACUCGGAGCUCAGAAAUUCCAACUUCCAAGCACAACUUGAAUGCAGCAUAGAUACACCAGAGUGCUAGAGCAGCCCGUGAAGCGACAUGGCAGCCACCUUAACAUGGGCAACGUUCCUAUUAAAGGCAUUAGAUGUACAUGGAACAUCGGCGUUGACAAUAAAGUAACCUGCAUGAAAAUUGGUUGAGAAAUGAGCAAAAUAUUAUUUAUUUUAAUUGCUCAUGUAUUGUCUGUAAUGGGAAUGAUGCCCCCACUAGCCAAGCCUCACUGUAGGCACGCAGCUCAAAGGGGCAUGUCGUAUCUACUACUCACAUCUGUGGUGUUCUCAGUUUUCCCAUGAAAAACUCAACUCUCCUCCCUCCUUUCCUCAGGUAAAAUUCAACCAGGCUCUGGCAGACCACUCCAUGUCUGACAAGCCUCGUCUCAUUGAUGGGAUUGUUCUCACCAAGUUUGACACCAUUGACGACAAGGUGUUGUAAUUUUUCUCGACAUUUAUGUCUGGUUUCAUUAUGUGAUUUCGCCUAAGUUGAUAACCUUCAUGCGUCAUGCUUCCUCUCUCACAGGUUGGUGCUGCCAUCUCUAUGACUUACAUCACAGGCCAGCCUAUUGUGUUUGUGGGAACAGGACAGACCUACAACGACCUGCGCAGCCUCAACGCCCGCGCCGUGGUCAGUGCCCUGAUGAAGGCUUGAGUGGCUGCAUGUUCUGCUGUUUAUUGAUCAAAGCGACAAAGCCAAUAAUACCUUUGCCACGCUGCCAUGAGAUGUUCCAGCCCUGCUUACCUCCAUUUCUGAUCCCCAGUCCUGUCUUGGUCUUUCUACUCUACAUCAAACAAAGAACUUGUGUCAUAUAUCAGGAGGACUUCAAUCUCCAAGUGAAGGACGAGUGUGAAAGACAGAAUAUUUGCUACAAAAGCCAGGGGGUCCCUCCCUUUGCAACAUUUUAAGACUGUCAGGCCUACAUCAAAACAUAACUCGGUUCACAUGGGUUUUGUAAGUCAAAUGUUAGGACAGUUAACUGACUAAAUGGACCUUUGCUGUAAAUGUCAUCAGCUUACUGGGUUUCACAGUAAAGACUCAUAAAAAAAAUCCCCUCUGUGGCAUUUUGUCAGUCAGUUUUCCCCUCUAUGUAAAUGAGGUCAGGUUGUGAGGGUCUGCUGAAUGUGACAUUUCAGCAGCUGCCUCUUCCUGAGGAAAGCUUAGUGACCAUAGUGCCUAUCGGUUUCCUGUCUUUUUAUUUAUCACUUUCACCACAGGGGUGGUUGUCCUUCUUAUGUGCUAUGGCAUUUUAGUUCAGAAAGUACUACCUCCACUCUUGAGAAGGAGUCUAAAUCUGCUUACAUUUGGUCGUAAAGUCAGCACUUUUAAAGUUACAUGUUGUUCUCCCCCGUCAGAAAUAACAAAUCAAGAUGAGGCUUUCUGGAAUGAGGACACUAAUUGAUGACUCUCUGACAUCCCUCCCUUGGCACUCCACUACACAGAUAAUCCAUUUUUAUUCCAAAAUUGGGAAUUAAACCCAUUGAACAUUUAAUUGCUUUGUACAUUUAAAUUAUUUUUACUUUUAUCGGGUCGAACACUUAUUUCCAGAUUGCAUCCUCUGUGUGGUCGAUUGUACUCGUUUUCCUGUCAGGUUCACUCUCCAUUACAUAACAUUAGAGGAUAUCAAGUCUUAAAUAUCUCUUGCCCCCUUAAAUUUGUGGUAGCGCAAAGCAAGAGAAUCAAGGGAAAUACAGAUUUGAGCUAAUUUAUGAGAUUGUAAACAUUUCUAAAUAAAGCUGCUAUAUGCUAUUGAUAGCUGGUGAAGUGGAACUUGUUCUGUCCUAUGUUGUAGAUCAUUUGGUCAGUUGUGCUGCUGUAGACUUUUCCAAUCAGUCUCUAUAAUAAGUAACAAGACUGCUGGGAUACCAAAAGCUUUAUUUUGAAAAUAGUACAUAUAAAUGCUACAUCAGAAAACACAUGAAAGUAAUAAAAAUACAAAAAAAGGCUUAAAAAGGACAUUUUCAGCACAGGAGUGGAAAAGUGAUUGCUACCAGCUAGGAGCCUUUGAAAUGUGUUUUUUUUCUUAAAGGUACAGUGUGUAGUAUUUAUUGGCAUUCAGUAAAAGGAACACAGUAGAAAUGGAUUAUGGUAUUAUGUUUCAGUGAGUGUUUAAUCACAUAAAGAAAUGGUUUUGUUUGAGUUAACUUUUCAAGGAGCAGGUCCCCAUCCAUUGAGACUAUCAUCUACAACUGCCAUGUUUCUCUAGAAACACAUUAUGGAUCAACUAGUAACAGCCAUGCACAUUUUUAUUCUAAAUGAGCAGCCGCCAAAAAUGCAUCGGUUGGAAGACAAAGAGUAAGAGAUUGGUUAUUGUGCGCAUUAGAAUAUAAAUUCAUAGAUGUUUUUGACAGUAAAAACUUAAAUAGAGGAUCAUACUUACCAUACAUCACAGCAGAGGCCAUUGAAGACCACUUGAACACUCUCAACUCUUAAGCUUCACCAAAAGACAGGAUGAGCAAGGGAGUAUUUGACUCUUAAAAUCCGCUUGCUAGAUGUUGCUCAAUAUUCCCAUAUCUACACACUGUACCUUUAACUUUAAAAGGACAUUAUAGCAACUUGUAAGUUGUGUGACCAUGACAUCGACCUAUUUCCACCUGUCCCCAUUCCUCAUCCAGUAGUGUGCAAAACAAGUUUCUUUAUGGUUCUAUGGUAGGGCAUGAAAGAUACAACCCUUACAUACCAGCAAAGGACUGAUUUUAAUUAAGAUUUACGUGAUGUUCAUUACAGCUUGAACCCAGAUUCAUACAAGGCUGAUCAUUUAAACUUAAAUGCGUCACUUCAUUUCCAAAUCCAAACAAUGGAUUCAGUUAUGAAGUUUGUCAGGUUGAUGUGAAAGAAGACCUUUCCGUUGUCUAAAUAUAUAAAAUAAAAAAAAAAGAAAAAGAAAAACUUUCUUCAGCUGUUGCUUCCCAAAUGUUGAGCAACAUUCAAGUAUAGUACGGUGAUACAGUGAGGCUGGGUAUUUACAUUGACAGUUACUUCAAGUUUUCCUUUCCCUUUGAACAACAAUCAAUAAAGGAAAUGAUGAUCGAUAACUGUAAA